AUGGUCGCCCUCGAAGAGUGCCACGCCAAGGGUUUCAUGCACAAGUCUCUCGGCGGGUGCAACGAUGCAAAGGACAAGGUCAGCGAGUGCCUCCGCGGCGCGCGCGCGAAACGCACCGAGGCGAACAGGGCCGCGGCGAAGGCAAAGCGCGAGGAGCGCGAGAACCGGAUAAAGGAGCUCAACAAGUCACUUGGUCUCGACUAG